UCAACUGUCAAAAUAAUAAUUAAUGAAAGUCCGAACUCUGAGGACAGUUGAACAUAUUAUUAUGUUCAUUAAUUUUAUUUAGGCUAAUGUUAAUACUAAAUAUUAAAUCAAUUGACACUAAUGCGUGAAGAAAAACUUGCUUUUUAAGAGUAGGUGGUUACUGAAGUUCUGCACUACCAAUUGUUGGAUUAGAUUUCGGUACACUGUAUGUUCAGCUUACAAAAAAAAACAUUAUACAUUUUACUAUUUUUCUUUCUUUGAAAUGGAUUUAUGGUUGGACAAACACAGCAUUCACAAUGAUUUGAUACUUGCACAAGGUAGAAUACCCAUUCAGUUUGGUAAGCCAUUGGAAUAUAAUGAAAAACCCCCAAUAGAAAAUAAGGAUGUUGAAGGUGAAGGGAAUCAACAUCUUCAGAGAGCAGAAUCCCCUAUAGUACAACCAGAUCUUUUAGGAAUCACUAAAAUGCUAAGAAUGGUUGAUCCUGAACAAAAUCCAGGACACAAACUAGAUUAUACAAAUAAUGGAACAGUUAUAAUAAGUAAACUCAACCCUAAUGUUUCUGAGUUUAUAUCCAAGAAAUCAUCAAGGCAAUCAAUAGACAAUUCUGACCUUCUAAUUAAGACUGAUCCAAACUGUGAUAUUAGAAAUAUACAUUAUUUAAAAAAUCUUCAUGAUGAAGAAAAGAAAAAAAUUCAAAAGAAAUUAUUAUCUAAAAUAGGAACCACACAAACUACUUGUGAGAAAACUAGGCGGGAACGCAAUGACGCUAUCGCGGGGAUAUUAAAACUAAGCACACAACCAACUGCAAAUGUGAAUGUUGUGACAGCUGAUGCAUUCAUGAAGAAUGAAAAUGAUGAUAUCACUGACACACCUACUAAAGAAGUUAUCAAAAAAUCUGUUGAAAGAGUUGAUAACUGGCUCAAUGGAGCACCCGAAAUUCAAAAAAAGUCUUUGUAUUUAGGACCUAUAACAUUUAAAAAAAAAACUAAAAAGUCAGCCGAGAGCAAUACAUCAAUCAAUACGGUUUCUAGUGAGGAAUUGAAAGUCAACAAUUUCUCCCCAACUAUCAUAGCAAAUGAACUGUCUGAAAAAUUUACAAAAAUAAUAAAUCAGAGGGAGCAUGCAUCUAUGGACAUAUGGUCCAAACUAGAAAGGGACCUUAAGGCAAAAGACGAAGAAAUUAAAAAAAAGUCCUAUAAUAGCUCUUUAUGAUAAAAACUUACAACGAUAUACUAGUUAAUGGUGGUGGCGUAUGGUCCUAUUUACAAAGUUAAAGACAGGAUUAUAUGGACUCAGGUGAAAUGAUUAGUAAAAUAUAUAUUAACAAUGGUUUCGAAAAGUCAGAAUGAAAAAUACUGAAACUGACAUACAAAAGCGUAUCUACUGCUGUGUCUGCCAUAGUCAAAAUACAGUUUCAUCUUUUGUUUUUUAAAGUGAAUUCUUAAAUGAUAUGCAAUUAAAGAUAGUCUUACCUUAACAUUGGUACAGUCUGUGCGAUUAGAGAACCAUAGUGCAAUUUGAGGUGCCAGUAGUGCCAAAUCACUUGAUACUUUAAAUAAAUAAAAAAGUAUACAAUA